GGCCCUCGGCGCCCGGCGCCCCCGCGGAGGGCAGGAGCCGCCGGCGCGGAGCCCCGCGUAGCCCCGGGCCCUGCGCCCCCCGGCCUGCCCUGGGCUCUCGUCCCCCAGGUGACAGAGGAGGGAUGUCCGCUGCCGCCUCCGCUGACAUGAUUGAAACCCCCCCGGUGCUCAACUUCGAGGAGAUCGACUACAAGGAGAUCGAAGUGGAAGAGGUUGUUGGAAGAGGAGCCUUUGGUGUGGUCUGCAAGGCAAAAUGGCGAGCUAAAGAUGUAGCCAUUAAACAAAUAGAAAGUGAAUCUGAAAGAAAGGCCUUCAUUGUAGAGCUUCGACAACUGUCACGAGUAAACCAUCCGAAUAUUGUCAAGUUAUAUGGAGCCUGUCUAAACCCAGUGUGUCUUGUUAUGGAGUAUGCUGAAGGAGGUUCUCUGUACAAUGUGCUACAUGGUGCUGAACCUCUGCCUCAUUAUACUGCUGCACAUGCAAUGAGUUGGUGUUUACAGUGUUCCCAGGGAGUGGCGUAUCUCCACAGUAUGAAACCAAAGGCUCUAAUUCACAGAGACCUGAAACCACCAAAUUUGCUCUUGGUAGCUGGGGGGACAGUUCUAAAAAUCUGUGAUUUUGGUACAGCCUGUGAUAUUCAAACACACAUGACCAACAAUAAGGGAAGUGCUGCAUGGAUGGCACCUGAAGUUUUUGAAGGUAGCAAUUACAGUGAAAAAUGUGACGUUUUCAGUUGGGGUAUUAUUCUCUGGGAGGUAAUCACCCGUAGGAAACCUUUUGAUGAGAUUGGUGGUCCAGCUUUCCGCAUAAUGUGGGCAGUUCACAAUGGUACUCGGCCACCACUGAUCAAAAACUUACCUAAACCAAUUGAGAGUUUAAUGACCCGUUGUUGGUCCAAGGAUCCCUCACAACGACCUUCCAUGGAGGAAAUUGUUAAAAUAAUGACACACUUGAUGCGGUACUUUCCAGGAGCUGAUGAACCUCUGCAGUAUCCUUGCCAGUAUUCAGAUGAAGGCCAAAGCAACUCUGCCACUAGUACAGGUUCAUUCAUGGACAUCACUUCUACAAACACAAGCAACAAGAGUGAUGCUAACAUGGAACCAGGUGACUUCCAAGGAGCUUCUACCAAUGACACUAUUAAACGUUUAGAAUCAAAAUUGGCACAGCAAAUGAAAAAUACAGCCAAGCAGCCGGGUGAACCUGGCCGUUUGAGUUUACCCCCAUCUCGUGGAAGCAGUGUGGAGAGCUUGUCAGAUGUUCGUGGGCGACCACAGUCAGCCCUUGUCUCAGGAGAAGCGAAAAGGAUGAGUGCUGACAUGUCUGAAAUAGAAGCAAGAAUACCUUCUACCACAGCCUAUUCCAAGCCUAAACGAGGCCAUCGUAAAACUGCUUCAUUUGGCAACAUUCUGGAUGUCCCUGAGAUCAUCAUACCAGCAGGAAACGGACAGCAGAGGCGCAGAUCCAUUCAAGAUCUUACUGUUGCUGGAACAGAGUCCAGUCAGGAGAGUAGAAACAGCAGUAGAUCAUCUAGUCCUAGUGUGAGAAUGAUCACUACCUCGGGACCAACGUCUGAAAAGCCAACUCGUAAUCCAUGGACACCUGAUGAUGCAGAGACCAAUGGGUCAGAUAACUCCAUCCCAAUGGCAUAUCUUACAUUAGAUCAUCAGUUACAGCCUCUAGCACCAUGUCCAAACUCUAAAGAAUCUAUGGCUGUGUUUGAACAGCACUGCAAAAUGGCACAAGAGUAUAUGAAAGUUCAGACAGAAAUUGCAUUGCUGUUGCAGAGGAAACAAGAACUAAUAGCAGAACUGGACCAGGAUGAAAAAGACCAGCAAAACACAUCCCGUCUGGUACAAGAACAUAAAAAGCUCUUAGAUGAAAAUAAGAGUCUCUCAACUUACUAUCAGCAAUGCAAAAAACAAUUAGAGGUCAUCAGAAAUCAGCAACAGAAACGGCCAGGCACAUCAUGAUUUCCUGGGACCUUUCAAAUGGAAAAUAUGCACAGAAAAGACUGAUUUUUUUUUUAUUGUUAUUAUUAUCCCUUAUUAUGACAACUCAUGAGUGUAAGCUUCUUGGUGUGGUCUGUAUUUGUCUGCUACACUUAACAUCCUUUAAUUUUUUCAUUUUCCUAUGGUGGACAUCCAGUUCAACAGGUUAAUCAGAUAAGGUGAGAAAAUAGUGACUUGAAUUAACCAAUAGCCCUCAAUGUAAAGCAAGAACAGUGGCUGUAUGCAUGCUCCUUGUGUGAAGGCUAGCCUAAGAAAUGUUAGAGGCUACAAAAUUGUAAGAUCUUGGUUUUAGUUUUUGGUGUUACCUCGAUAAGGGCAAAACAAAAACUUUCCUGUUUAAGAAUGGUUUUGUUCCAGUGUCUCAUCUCAAAUUUAUAAUGAUGAUUAUUUUCAGGACAUAAACAUGCACCAAGCUGCAGAGGUGAUGUUGGCUGACCAGAGUAAUUCAUGAUGCAUUAGUGAUGCCUUUUACCUGUAGACGUAGUAUAUUUUUUCCACAUGCAAAAUAAUAGUCAAACUGAUGCCAGCAUCCUUGUUUCAGUGCUUGAUAGCCCUGCAUUUUGACUAAUAUAUUUGUUGUAACCUUGCAUUCAUAAAAUAUUUGAAGUAAAA